AUGGGUUUGAAACCACAAACAGUUGCUCUUGUCUCUGCUGGCGUGGCCGUGACCGCUGGUAUUGCUUAUCUUGCUUAUUUCGACUAUAAGCGUCGCAAUGAUCCUAGUCUCAAAAAGAAACUGAAACGCGAGAAAAAGAAAGCUGCCAAGGCCGCUAAAGCUGCGGAAGUCGAGGCUAAGCAAGGCACCGUCAAGCUUAUUGAAACGGUUUUGGAAGCUGCUUCCAAGGAAACCUUCCCUGCUACUCCUGAGGAAAAGGAAAAGUAUUUCAUGAGCCAAGUAGCUGCCGGUGAAGCUUUGUGCAAUCAAGGUGAAGCAUUCUACAACGAUGCUGUGUUGCCUUUCUAUUUGGCCCUCAAGGUGUACCCUGCUCCUUUGGAAUUGAUCAUGAUCUAUCAAAAGACCAUUCCCGAGCCCGUAUUCCAGAUGGUGGUGAACUUGAUGGCCUUGGAGCAACAAAAACGUCAAAAUGCCUUCUACGAGCAAUUCCCUCCUAAGGAAUCCAAUGUCAAGUUGGGAGAAUUACCUGUUGGCACGUCUCCUGAAGGCAAGACCAUUGUCCGUCGCGGUUUGGUGGCCGACAAGGAUAUUGCCGAAGGCGAAGUCAUUUACAAAGAAGACCCCAUUGUUUCCGCAUUACAUCCUGCACUCGAGGGAUCUUACUGCAAUCUCUGUUUGAAAAAGGUGGAUGCGGAGACCAAGGUGGAAUGUGCUAAUUGCGAUAAGGUCGUUUUCUGCAGUGCUGAGUGUGAAAAGCGAGCCAACGAAGAGUAUCACAAAUACCUGUGUGCAAAGAACAAGCCUACGGUCUCUUCCGAAGACCAGGAACCUAAGGAAGCCGAUGAAGCCGAAGACGCCAAUACCGAAGGAAAGGAAUUGGCUUUUGUCGAAUUCUCAAAGAACAAGAAUAGAAAAUAUCCUUACAUGAUUGCUCGUUUCUUGGCGACCAUGGUGACGGAAGAGAUGGAGAAGAACAAGUCGGGCGAGUCCUCGGAAAACACCUACAACUUGUGGGAUCACGUUGAUCGAUUCCGUUACCUCGACACCAAGGCAUCGGCAGACUCGGAAGAAGAGAUGGAAAUCCUCAAGAAUCUGUUGGGACCCAAGGUGCAGGGUAUCAGCGAUUUCUUGACAGACGAAAUCUACUUGAUGUUGAAGGGCAAGCUGUUGUUCAAUGCUUACGCUGUGGAAUCGGCCGAGGAUGAGACGGUGGAAGUGGAAACAUCGGAAGAACACAUGCGUGCCACUCCUUCGGACAAGAAGUCGGUCGGUGCGGCUUUAUACAAGAUUUCCACCUACCUUGGUCAAUCCGAAGAGAAUCCUACCGUAAAACUGAGCUUCGAUGGCAACAACCAAGUCACCGUCACUGCUCUCAAGGACAUCAAGAAUGGUGAAGAACUGACCGCCGCUUACACUUUGCCUGUUCCCAAGUAA